AUAAAAUAAUGAAUACUAAUAUAAACGCUAACAGUAUGUAAUUCAACAUACGUAGAGUCUACAUGCUGUUUGUAAAUCACGGCAAAAAAUAGAUUAUCAAUGCAACUUGAGCCAAUGUCUGGUCAUUCUUAGAAUAUCACGUAUCACUCUACAAACAGGAAUGAUGAUUAUAGUAAAAUUAUAGUUUUAUAAUUGUCUGCAAGGGGCUGCCAAAAUUUAUUUUAUUUUUUUAUUUUUUGCUACAGCAUAGAUACUACUACGACUCGUAUCAUUUUAAUGAAAGCAGUCUCAUCACUUACACGAAGAAACGGGAACGCAUGAUCAGUCAGACAUGUAAACAGAGAAAUAUUUUAUACGAUCAGAGAGAGGGAGGGGAGAGAAAGUUACGGUGACGGUAUGUUGCUUUUGCGGAAGGGUGGCGCACAUUCAGUUUGAUCGCUAUUAAGAUCAACCUACCGUGUCGGGCACGAAAAUGUCCACUAAAGAUCCACUAUUGAGCGCACUUAAAGUGUGUAUUCUCAGUCUUAAAUCAGAGAGGGGCGUAAUAAUAGACUCCAACCCUGAACUGUCCUCCUGCUGUCAGUUAUUGGAGCUCAUUCUUCGCAAGGGGCUUCAGCAGCCGGUCCUUGGGUUUGUGCAGAGGGAUUACUGGCACUGUGUGGAACAGCUUCCCCAGGUGGACUCCUGUGGAAGCAGGCUGAGCCUAAUCUCUUUGGCUCUGGAACAGACAUCUGCUUGCAAGAAGCUCUUGACAGCGCAGGGCAGGGGGCGGUAUUUCCUAAGGCUGGCCCUUGAGAGAAGGAUUUUGGGAAAUGUAGUUCAGCACCUUUCACACACAAGCAAGCUGUUGGAGUGGUACAAUCCUACUAUUUCUAUUGUCAGAAAUGAUGAGUUUAUGGAACCAUUCCUGUCUUUACUGCUUGUCCUUUCUGAACUGGAGUUCAACCUUAACAUCAAGAACUGCAGCUUUUUGGAUGACAGCUGGCUGUUGCCGGUAUGCGAUGUUUAUGAGGUGGUACCAUGCCGGAAACUGGGAAUGGUACUCAGAUACCUUGGGGGACGCGUCUUCGUGUUGGACCUGAUUGAGGGCAGCCAGGCGCAGGUAGACGGGUGUGUACAGCCCGGUGACAUCAUCGACGAAAUCAACGGCAUAUCCCUGAGGAACGCCUCCAACGGACAGGCAGGCACAGUGCUGGCGCAGCUGAGGGGCGCCCCGCUGUCCCUGCGAGUGCUGCGAUGGAGGGCCGAGGAUGGAUCAGUGUACCGGCCUGUGGUCAGACACCUGCAGGAACUUCAGCAGGAGAAUCCGUCGCUGCAGCUGCACCCCACCUCCCUGUCCCCGCCACGACAGGAGUCCCAGUGCCUGAGGGAUGGGCGGAUCGUGUACAUCGUGCAGUAUUUGGGAAAAGCCAGCGUCGGAAUGUGUGGGGGAAAGGAAGUGCUGCAGCGUGGGGUUGCUCUGGUCCUGGAUCAGAAUCAGCCCAGAAAGGUGGUGCUAUUGGACCUGAAGGAGACACAUGUGACCUGCAUGGAGAAGGAGACGAAACAAGAGAUUUUCCAGCAUCACUACCCAGAGAUUUCCUGUGUGGGGAGAUACAACCAAUCAGAUCACACGAUUUUUGCCUUCUGUGUCGCGGACUGCCUGGAAACCCCCCAGUCAAGAAGCUUCAGCUGCCUGGCAAUGCAUGCAGGAUCCGCUCAGGAAUGCGAAGCUAUCGUCACCCGGAUAGCCAUUGGUUUCAAGCACACAGAGGGGUUUGUCUGAGAUGGCCGAACAGAUACUAGCCUCACCACUGGCAGCGUCGAAGUUCAUUGUUAACUUGAGAUGUGAGUUCAAUACCCUAAACUGUAUACUAGCUAUACCAUACCAACUACAAUUGCUGUUUGCAUUGACCUGAAACUACCUGUCCGUCUCGUGUGUUGACAGUAGUUGUUGCCAUUCCUCACUGCUCCAUAAGGUUCAGAACGAAGCAGCAUCGGUUUACAGACACUUCAGCUAACUGGAACACAGGACACUUUUAAAGGAAUUUAAUAGAAAGACAAUGUGACACAUAUUUGUAGCUGCCAAAGUUUACAUUGGAAAAAUAUAAAAAGCAGCCCUGAAUACAACAAGUCUGCACAAUGUUUGCAUUCACCCACUUUUGUUCCUAACACCGUGCAAGAGAUGCUGGGUGACGGCUCAAGUGGAGAUUAUUGCAUGAGGGAUCCUGCUGGGAUUCCCUAGAGGCUGGAAGAGGGAAACAGACACCUAUAUGCAUACACACACCAUGACAAUAGCACAGAUCCAUCCCAGGGCCACUUGAAAGGAUUUACAACCCGGUUUUGUGUGAAACACCCCCCCAAAUUCCUAUUGACCACCUAAAGGGCGACAUCUAAUGUACUUACAUCAACCCAAUACAUGCAAAGAGCUCGUCUCAGACAACCACAAACUAUUAAAUCAAAUCCCUGCACCAUCUCUACCUUAAACCUAUGGCACAGUACCCGCGUGACACGCUGUACACAUCUAACUCAAUGGAAUGAUAAUUACAGCGACUUUGUUCUUGUCUUAAAUACAUCUUCUUAAAAAAAUGAAUGAAACUGAACGUCCAAAGUGGUAAAUAAAAGCAUGAUAAAUAUUCUGCGGGCACCCAAAAGGGUGCCAUCUAAGCCCUCUCCCCUCUUAUCCGGCGAGCCAGCUGGAUAUCUUUGGGCAUGAUGGUCACCCUCUUGGCGUGAAUGGCACACAAGUUUGUGUCCUCGAACAGCCCAACAAGGUAUGCUUCACUGGCUUCCUGAUGGAGAGAAAGAAAAAAAAAUUGCUUUUGCAUUCAUUGCACCUAAAACAAGGGGACGUGUCAAAUAAGUGAUAAUGUAAUGGAUUAAUCUAUAUCAGUUAAUUACUCGCUUGUUACCUGGAGAGCCCCAAUCGCAGCACUCUGAAAACGCAGGUCAGUCUUGAAGUCCUGGGCAAUUUCCCUGACCAGUCGCUGGAAGGGAAGCUUCCGGAUGAGCAGCUCUGUUGACUUCUGGUAACGCCUGAUCUCUCUCAGAGCCACAGUUCCAGGCCUGGUUUUGGGAAGCAAGGUUAAUUAGCACAUCAAUUAAGAUGAAAAUUGUCAAUUGUAAUUUUCGUAUGCAAGUAUGUAAGGAGAAAAGACAUUAAACUUGUAAAAGCACCUCUAACGUGGAAUUGUGUCGCACAAAACCAACCUGUAACGAUGAGGCUUCUUCACACCACCAGUAGAGGGCGCGCUUUUCCUAGCAGCUUUGGUCGCCAGUUGCUUCCUUGGCGCCUUUCCUCCAGUAGACUUACGAGCGGUCUGCUUGGUACGAGCCAUAUCUUACCUUU